CCACACCCAUUAUACCCCGCCCAUCCGUAACACAUGAUGGAUCUCUUUGGUAGCCUCCCUCCUCCUUCUGCUCCCUCUACAGACAAGAAACCCCCACCAACCGAAGAAGCAAAUUUAGGACAAUCAAGAAAAAGAUCCGAUCACUCGCCACCAUUAUCUAAUGAUGCAGCUGACUCAUCAGUUAAGAAGGUGAAAGUUGAUGUGACAUUAAGUCGGUAUCAGUUGAGAGGGUAUCACGGGGAGAGGAAAGGGGAGAGAGAAGAGAUGCAGGACUCUCACGUUAUCAUUAACAACAUGAUGGAACAGUUCCCAACUCUCUCUAAUUCACCGGUUAGCAGUGUGUCUUAUUAUGGUGUUUUUGAUGGUCAUAGUGGAUCCCGUGCCUCUGAGUUUGCAGCUGGUAAUCUUCAUAGAGUCAUCGUUAAUAAAUUCCCAAAAGAGGAUGUCUCAGCUCAGUCAAUCAAACGCUGUCUUGUUGAUUCUUUCAAGAAAACUGAUUCCGAUUUCUUGUCGCUUGCAGCAAAAGCGACGCCGAGUUGGAAGGAUGGCUCAACUGUUGCCAUCAUCAUGGCAAUAGAUAAUGUAUUAUAUUCAGGUAAUCUUGGUGACAGUAAGUCUGUUAUAUACAGGAGAAGUGGCAAGGGAGACACUGGAGGAGAGCCUACUGUAGUAUCAGUUCCAUUAACUAAAGAUCAUACCUCUGCCAGUUUGGAGGAAAGGAAGAGGAUAGAAAAAUCUGGUGGAUUUGUUAGGGAAGGACGUAUAAUGGGUAUUAUGGAGGUCUCUAGGAGCAUUGGUGAUGGGAGGUUCAAGGGGUGUGGCCUUGUAGCAACUCCACACGUCUCACGAUGUGAACUGACUGAGAAUGACCUAUUUGUAGUGGUUGCUUGUGAUGGUUUGUGGAAUGUUUUUAAAAUGGAUGAAGUAGCAAAGUUUAUACUAGGAGUAGUCAAUGAUGAAUCUAUUCAGAAACCAGGAGAAGAUGAUAGAUUGAUUCAAGGCACUGAAGUCAUCGGUGAUAGGGAGUAUAGGUUUGAAGUGGCUUGUAACAGGCUUGCAGUUGAAGCAGUUAAGAGAGGGUGUACUGAUAAUGUAACUGUUCUUAUUGUUGACAUUAUAAAGAAUAACAAUCAUUAAGAAAUUAAGUAACAGUUAAAGCACUGUGGAGUGCCACAUAUAA